AUGGCCGAGCCCGUAAAUCCUCCUUACGUGCGAGUAAUGCUCUGCCUGAAGAAGAAAGACGAGGUCACAGACGAAUUCUUCCACGAUUAUUGGAAAGGGAACCAUGUCAAGCUAGCUCUUGAGAACAAGAAAUUCGUUGACAAAGUCAUUCGCUACAACCAGUUUCACACAUCACCAAAUCUCAAAGCUGCUGCCCGUGACUUCAAAAUCCCCGUACCGGAAUACGAUGGCAUUGCGGAGGUUUGGGUUAAGGACCUUGAGACGUGGAAGGAGAUAGUUACAGAUCCGGAUUUUGUGAGGGUAAUUGCACCAGAUGAGAAUCAUUUCAUCAAAGCGCCUAUUAACAUUAUGCUGGGCUAUGAUAAUACGGUGCUGGGGGUGAAGGUUCCGAAAUAA